UCCAACGACAGAUUUGUUUUGUUGCACAUUCGUUCUCGGCUAGUGCCAUGGAUUUUCUUUAAAGGCUUCUCGAUGUUGAUUUUCUCCUUUAUAAUUGCGCUAAGCUACAAUAAAAUUACCAAUUUGAAUAUUGGAUCGCAGGAAAUUUAUUCUAAAGCUGCAGAAUAAUGGAAAGCGGAAGCAACCUGCCUACGCCGGGUAAUUAUCCUGGUGGGGAUCGUCAACAGUUUUGCGUUUCAUGGAACUCUCAUCAAUCAAAUAUGCACAGUGCAUUUCCAAAACUUUUAAGUUCUGAACAAUUUGUUGAUGUCACUUUAGCCUGUGAUGGAGGCUCAAUAAAGUGUCACAAAGUGGUAUUAUCCGCUUGUAGUGAUUAUUUGGAACGUUUAUUGUUAGAAAUACCUUGCACUCAUCCUAUUAUAUUUUUGAGAGAUAUGAGAAUGUGGGAACUUCAAGCAUUAGUGGAGUUUAUGUAUCGUGGUGAAGUAUAUGUGGAACAACAACAACUUGGUAAAUUAAUGCAAGCUGCUGAAGUUUUGCAGGUUCGUGGUUUAUUUACUCAAGGAUCAAGUGAUAAUUCUUCGAGUGAAAGUGGUUCACAACAAUGCGAUUCUAAUGCUACUGUUGCACCUACGAUCACACAACAGGAUGGAUCUGAUUAUAAAUCUGAGGAAACUCCAUCUGAGGAUGGAACUUCGAAUACUAAUUUUCUAGAGAAUACAUCAAUUGCUGCAUCUAGUACAGCAAAUGCUCCAUCACACAGUACUACACCAGUUCCACAGAAUUCUAAUUCAUCAAAUUUUAUGAAUAUGGAGCACAGUGAGGCAUUACAACAUUUGGAAAAAGCACUCAGCGUUUGUGAAGCAACUUUAACUGAGACUCAGGGCAUGGUUAGAAUGGAACCAGACGAGCAGUUUACCCAACAGCAAGAUGUCAAGCCAUAUUCCAUUAGUAUGGUACCAAGCAGCAAUUGUAAUCCUAGUAGCCCGUUUCCUGCAAUUGAAGGUUAUCAAAGACGACAAAGACGUUCGGAAGAGGAAUUGAAGCAAGCUUCGGAUAUGGUAGCACGUGGUAUGACGUUUCAAGUUGCUUCAGAAAAGUACAAAAUUCCGAUAAGUACGAUUCGAUUCUAUAUGGUUAGGAAAGGUAUAUUGCAAAGGCGAAAACGCGGUCGUGGUUCGAGUAAUCUUGGCAUGAAUAGUCAACCGGGAAGUCCUGCAAGUCCGCCAUAUCAUAUGAUGAACUAUCGUUUGCCAGAAAGCCUAAACUCCAGCCUACCGUAGUGCAGUACGAAAAGUAGCGAGUUUUUAGAUUUGAGUUGAAUCGAACAAAUUUUUUAUUGCCACGUCGGAGCUGUUCCAGGCUAUCAUUCUUCCCAUCUUUAUUGACUCACACUGAGUUAUUCGUUUCUCGUUUAAACAUUUACGACACACGAUUACGCAUGCUUAGUGCAAGUGCGUUUUCGUCAAACUGCUCGUUAUUCUAUACACAUUUAUUGCAUUUACAGAAGAUAGUAAUUUAAUAGAAAAUAAUUGACAAGAUGUACGUAUCGUACACGAUAGGCACUUUAGUCUUGAACAGCUCGGCUCCGUGUACAUAAGUAUCAUAGCGAGUUUUCGAACGCAGCAUCGAAAUGAAAAAGAUAUGUUUCAAAAUAUAAUAGAAGAUGAAGAAAUGAUUCGUUUACAUGAGAAUCAUUGUAGAUGUAAUCAUUGAUUAAAAAUAAUCUAUAAUUGGUUGUAGUAAUAGUUUUUUCAUUUCUUAUUUUCUACAAAUUUUAUGAUGUAAAAAUAAGAAAAAAUACAUCUCGAUACAGCGUUCGAAGAUCGCCUGUACGGUUCAGUUUUGGGCCGUGUUCCGUUCUUCUACUUAGUGACACAUACUCCUUACGUAUAUGGAUAACGUAAGCGGUAUUUUUUUGAGUCCUAUACACUGAUUGCUAUAACAGAUUUACAAAAUACGGUUCAUGGAAAAGUUUGAACGUGUCACUCGAAUCAUAUUUUUACGAUCAAUGGAAAAUCUUUUGAUAAUACGUAUCUAUAGGGUAGGUUCUUUUUUAUUACGUCCUAUUUAUACAUAUACACAUAUAUAUAUAUAUGUAGAUGUGUAUAUAUGCGCGCGCGCAUGUAAUUUUUUGCCUGUUUGUCUAUUUAGUGAAUGUCCAUGUUGUGUCUGUGCCUGUAUGGGUUUAUGCGCGCGUGUAUGUACAUAUGUAAAUGCAUAAAUAUAUAUAUAUGUGUAUAUACUUGAAUAAAAUGUACAUGUACUCUAUUAAGUUGCUUUUUUUGAAUAGUAAAUGCGAUUUAUCUAGAUAUCGAGAUAUUAAGCAUUAAAUUUUGGUUUUUAAAACCAACAAAAUAUAGUAAGUCGUUUACGAAUAUUAUGUUACUUUUAUUUAACACAAAAAUCAAGACAGAAACGGUGGAAUCGAAGCUCGCGAUUUUGAAAAAUGUACGAUAUAUUAUACGUAUCACAUGAUCGUAUGCUUCGUCCAUGAACGAAUUAGUCACUAUGUUCAAGACUGGUAACACGUGGCUGAUCCGCAACCACGUCGAAUCUUAUACCGCAAAUCUGGAUCUACUACACAAAUAUUUUUGUAGACACUUUGCGCGUGGAAGGUGUCUUCUUUCUGCCUUUGUAUAUGCGUGUGUUUAUAUAUUUAUAUAUGCAUAUAUAUAUACACAUACAUGUACACAUAAUACGUAUAUACAUACGCAUAUAAAUUACGAGAAUGGAAAUUGUAUCGAUAUUUAUACAUGAACAUAUAUAUGUAUAAAAGCAAUAUGUGAACAUGUAUAUUUCGAUAGCUACACAUUCAAUGGCUCGAUGAACCGGUACCCGUUGAAAAAGUUUACAAUUUAGCUUUCGUCACAAGAAAAAAGGACGUUACGGGAAACGAAUGAUCAUGAUGUACGUAGCGUAAUGCUUUUUACAUGCUAAUGUACAAAUGAUAUUUAUAAUCUAUCGUCAAAAUCCAGCAGUUUUCAUACAAGUGAUCGAAUAUAUUGUACGGUCCUUUUAUGAAUACUGGAUCUGCCUUUUCGAAAGAUUAAAAUGAUUAGUACAUACAUUUAAAAUUGUGUAUACACAUGAUCGGCGCGCAUGCACGUAUAUCUUACAUAUAAUACACGUAUGUGCAUGCGCGCACGCAUGCACUCUUACAUACACAUUCACUCACACAUAUACACAAAAUGUAAUCGUACAGUGUAUUGCCUUUGUUAAAUAGCAUUCGGAUAAAGCCAUAUUUUUCCAUGCAAUGCAAUAAUCCAGCAAAGUAAAUUACCGUAAAACGUGAAAACAGCCUAAAUAGAAGAGUGCCAGAUAUGGGAGAAAAAAAAAAAUUGAAAAAUGAAAAUAAUGAUAUUGACGAUGAUCAUGAUAAUGAUGAUAAUGACGAUGACAAUGAAGAUAAAAAAAGAUGUGAUGAUGAAAAAAAUCUAAGAAAAAAGAUGAAAGGAAAAGAAAAAAAGGUGAAAUAGAAAAGUAUUCAAAGUGAAACGCUGUACAGACAAUUUCCUACCAUUCAGAACGUAUCUGCCUUUUAUUCUGGCCUCGUGAUAAAUCCUGACUUUAUUUAUACUUGACAAUAUGCGGAAUACCGUGUAAAAAAAAAAACAACUAAAAAUUAGGUUAGGAAACUUUGUGAACAUUUGGUUACUCGCGGUACGUAGGAAGCCCUAACAUGUAAUCACAUUCGCGUGAAUUCGAGGUGGAAAUGGAUUGAAAAAUCUACUUUUUAUAUUAAGGGACCCCUACCUCUGCCUCUCUUUCCCUCUCUACUCCAAUAUAUUAUGUUCUUUUCGAUCAUUUUGAUUUUUUUAUUAUAGAUAGUUGGAAUUAUAAACUGCAGGAAGAGAGAGGAGAGAGAGAGAGAGAGAAAGAGAAAGAGAGAGAAAGAGAGAGAAAAUAAUGGUUAGAGGAUGGGAGGAAGGGAGAGAAACGCAUAUUUAAUUCUUAUACUAUACUCGUUUAUCCAUUUUCAAAUAGAUCUAAUUUCGUUUUCUCUUCUUUCCCUAUUUAUCUUUUAUGUUAUAUAUAUAUAUAUAUAUAUAUAUAUAUAUAUAUAUACAUAUAUAUAUAUAUAUAUAUAUAUCUAUAUCUAUAUAUAUUUUUUUUUUCGAUGAGAUUGAUUUAAUCUGAUCUUUAUCGAAAGAGAAAAGUAAAAAAAGAUAUAAAUUGCACCGUAUAUAGAGUGUUGUAUGAUUAAAAUCGGAUGUUGAAAUAAAAAAUAAAUAACGGGGUAGUUUUUUAUCGAAGUGCAUAGUAUCGUUGCUCGAGAUUUCGUAUCGCGCGAAUCAUCGUUCAAAGAGUUCCAGUUGACAAAGGUUUUAUACAGAUCUAUUAAAAACCAGUAUUUCAAACCAAUGAAGAAUAAUUAGUUUUCUAAUAAUAACGAUACAAUUUACGUAAAUUUAGUACAGUGCUUAAGUCAGUAAUGCUCAGCGUAUCUAACAAAUAUUUUUAGUGGAAAGCCAUGUCAUACUCACAUGUAUUAUAAUGCCCUUAAACUAUAUAAACUAAACAACAAUCAAAGAAGCGUGAACGAUACUUGACUAUUAUUAUAAUUAUUAUAAUUAUAAUUAUUGAUUGAUUAUGAUUAUGAUUAUUAUUAUGAUUAUGAUUAUGAUUAUUAUUAUUAUUAUUAUUAUUACUAUUAUUAUUAAUAUUAAUAUUAUUAUUAUUAUUACUAUUAUUAUUAUUAUUACUAUUAUUACUAUUAUUAUUAUUAUUACUAUUAUUAUUAUUAUUACUAUUAUUAUUUUUAUUAUUAUUAUUGUAGCUAUUUCCCUAGAAAUAUGUAGAUCGUAGCCACUUCGAGGCAAUUUACGUAAUUAGAUUAUCGCUUCGAAAUACACUUUUAUAUGGCGGUAUUAUUAUUUGUAGAUAGAAUUUGCGAUUAUACAUAUUACAAUGAUCAAUCGAUUGCUACAUUAAGGUUUGUUUUUACAGUUACCGAGAUCAAUGUCCUACGAAAGUGGGAAUACGAUCGAUCGGUCUUCUCGUUGAUCCUAUUAUGUAGCUACCAUUUUGUCUUUUUUUAAACAUAUUUUUUUGUUUAAUUCGUACGUGUGUAUUAUACAUAUAUUUAUAUGUAUACAUAUAUAUAUAUAUAUAUAUAUAUAUAUAUAUACAUAUAUAUUUUUUUUAUUAUAUAUUCUCUUCCGUUAAAAGUGAAGUAUUUGAAUAUUCAACAUAUGAAUGAUUGGAAUAAAGAGUGAGUGAGAUGAUGAAUUAAAAAGGGAGAUGCAUAAUUCUCGCAAUUUUUCGAACUCGAUUUGAACGAUGAAUACUUUAUUGAGCAAAAACAAAAAUUAGUCCAAUGCAUAAAAUCUCUCGGUCGAUCUUCCCGUCCCGAAGUAAUAAACAGACCGAUCGAUCGAUUCCUUGCUCGAAUUACAAUCGUGAAGAACGUUCUAUAGAUAUUUUUCGAAGGGAAAAAAAAACACAAACCUCUAAAAAGUCCAAUUUUCUAAACGUAGGUUCCUUAAGAGUAACAAAUUUAGCGUAAUCAUUAAGAAAGCGUUGGCAUGUAUACGUUGGUCGAGGUGCCGUCGUAUCGAGCUAUGAGAUAGACUCUCUCUCUCUUUCUCUCUCUCUCUGAAUGUUUGUUAUUUAGAAAACACGAAUGAAAUACGAUCGAGCGACGGCAUUGCACGACAAUGUGACCCAUGUGUCCGAAUGAACACAACGUUUAAAACGCGAAUAUACGGAUAAACGAUUAAUGGCAAAUAUAUUUACAUGAUCGUGCAAAAGAUGAUGCGCUGUUCAAGUUCGAAAUAGCGAAAAAAAGUGCGUUGCACCCGUCGCUCGGAUAUUACAUCGUGAAAGAAAGAAAAAAAAAAUCGAAUUGAUGAGAGAAAACGAAGAAAAAGAAGGGGAGAAAAAAGCGAAAGGGAGAAGAAUUGGAAAGAAGAGAAAGGGGAAGGAGAAAGCGUCGAAUUGUAUUUCUUUUUCUUCCUUGUUUCUACGUUUCUGUCGUGGCCCUUGAAGAGAAAAGUGGAAAACACGGAAUGAAAGACAGAGGCAGAGAUUGGUAAAAGGGCGACGGCAUUGUUCGCACGAUUACCGAACUGAUUUCGAGAGGAAACUUCCGAAAUUAUUAAUCGGUUAUCUAGUAAAAAUUGAUAAUAUAAUUAUUGCAAAUAUUUAUUAUGAAUAUCUUUUUAUUCGAUAAGAAAGAAAAAAAAAAGAAGGACAAAAUAUAAUUGGAACAAACGAUAAAUCGAAUUCGAAGUUUCCUCGAAUCGCAACACAUAAGCACUUCUGUACAGAAUUUUUCGUAGGUUGCGAAGAUUUCCAUUGAAAACUCUGCACUUGUCGGCUUCGUGAAAUUAAAGUAUUGUUGUUUGAUUUAACGCAUAAGCUGUACGUUAAGGAAAAAAAAAAUUGCUUAUAAUUUAGGGUCGUGUAACGUGUGUUAGCGAAGCAUGCUUCUAAGUAGAAAGAUAGGACAACGCUAUAACAAUAAUUAUUAUAAUUAAAAUAAAUUAAGAAUAUAAGGCAUUUAAUAAGUGCAAAGUAUUUCUUAAUAAAAGUACUUCCAAAAAUGA